CAGGAGGGAGAGCAGAACCCUGACUGAAUAAUUCUAGCGAUACAGAAAUAGCGCUGAAGCCGGUGUUUUGCCCUUGAGUGGACGUAUACCAACCCUCUUAUGUUGUUCAUUGAGCUCCGAAGUGCAGGCACAGCACGCAUACCGGGGGCUUCUAUACCCAUCCCUAUCUAGUGUAUAGUCCUGUUUCUCUGUGUUAUAUCUAUUCUGCCUGAGGAGGCCCGACUUUGGGGUGAUUUUGGUGCAGGUAGCGUCCUACAAGCCGGUUUUUGGUGUAUAUAUAUAUAUAUACCCUGUGUGUCUAGACGUACACGAAGAAUUAGAUUCGACUCCCAUAUCACUCGAGUCCUUAAGAUAGGUGUGGGUGCACAGUAAAGUGCUUGCUCAGUAGUAGAUAUGACCACCCGUUCAGAGAGGGAAAAGGCUCAGAAGCAGAAUGAGCAGCACCAAGCCAUCUUGUCCAGGAUGCUUCGAGAGGAGGACAACAAGUACUGUGCUGACUGUGAGGCUAAAGGUCCUAGGUGGGCUUCCUGGAACCUAGGGGUUUUUAUUUGCAUUCGUUGUGCUGGAAUUCAUAGAAACCUUGGAGUUCAUAUAUCCAGAGUGAAAUCGGUUAAUUUGGAUCAAUGGACUCCAGAACAAAUGCAGUGUAUGCAGGAUAUGGGAAAUACAAAGGCAAGACAAAUGUAUGAAGCUAAUUUACCAGAAAACUUCAGAAGACCUCAAACUGAUCAAUCUGUGGAAUUCUUUAUCAGGGAUAAAUAUGAAAGGAAGAAAUAUUAUGACAAAAAUGCAACUGUCCCUGGAAUUACGUCGUCCUCUGAUGCUGUGCAGCCCUCGGCAUCCUCUCCUUCUCUGCAAUCUGCUGCUGAGAAAAGCAAAUUGGAGAAAGAAAAGGACAGGAAAAAGGAGGAAAGGAAAAAGGAGAGAGAACCCGAAAAGUCUCUUAAACCUGUAGGAGCUGAUAAGGUACUGAAAAAAGAACUGCCAUUAGAGGUUAAAGCCAGCCCAAAGAAGUCUCCUGAACUGACCGUUGAUCUGUUGGGGCUUGAUGCUCCAGCUGAAACAUCUGUUUCAAAUGGAAAUACAUCUACUAUAGCAGGAGUAAAUGAUGACUUAGAUAUAUUUGGUCCAAUGGUCUCUAACCCCAUUCCUGUUUCAGCUGCUCCUCCGACACAGGAUACUUCUACCAACCCUGCAAGUACGAGUAUAUCAUCAUCAUCUGGGGACCUGGAUUUGUUUACAGAUCAGACAACAAAAUCUGAAGAGACACAAAAAAAACCAUUGUCUAAAGACUCCAUCUUGUCUCUUUAUGGCACAACAAAUAUGCAGCAACAAAACACUACAGGGAUGUUCAUGGGGCCUUCACCUAUGCCAUACUCGGCACAGCCAACAGCCAGUUUCCAAGGCUUUCCCUCCAUGGGGGUUCCUAUUGCUGCUGGUGGUAUAAUGGGAAAUAUGAUGGGGCCAUCUGUACCAGGCAUGGGACAGAGUGCUGGGAUGAUGGUAGGAAUGGGUAUGCCUAAUGGCUUUGUGGCAAAUGCCUCAGCUGGUGUUAUGGGACUUCCACCAUCCAUGAUUGGACCUCAAGCCGGAAUGGUGGGAAAUAUGGCCACCCCUCAAAAUAAAUUUGGCAUGCCUCAAAAUCAACCAUCUCCUUGGAAUCUUUCUCAGAUGAAUCAGCAAAUGAGUGGACUUAAUCUAAACGGAGCAAGCAAUAUGAUGGCUUUUGGUCAACCAGCUAACACUGUAGGAGGAGGAUGGGCUGGCAGUGCCACUGGUCAGACUCUAAGCACACAACUGUGGAAAUGAAAGUAACUACUGAGACUUCAUGGACAUUUAUCCAACAUUCCUGGCUUUGAUGCACCCAAGUCUUUGUUUUACCCAUGUAUAUAUCAAUCUGCUUUCUCUUCCAGAUGGUGAUGAAAAAAAACCUUUUCAGCAGACCUCUUUAGUUUGUGUUGAUUGAAUCUGAUUGUGGUGAAAAGCAGUUCUAGGAUACAUUUACAUAUCACUGGAAACAUAUUCUGUUGAUGAUUUUACAUCUACUAUCUAAGGAAGCUGCUCGACCUACAUAUCUGAUUAGUAUUGAUCAAAACUACUUUUAUUAUUACAUAUAAGGGACUGAAAUAUCAUGUCACAAGUAUCUUAGUCAAAAAAAUUAUUUACUCUUCCUCACCUUUAGCUACAAUUUAUAUUGUAGCAAGAUUUUAUUUUAAUUCUGAGUGUAAAUGUAUCAUUGAACAACAUACUCUUGUGUACCUCGUUUAGUUGUUCAUUUACAAAUAACUGUGAUGUUGUUAUGGUGUGCUACGCUAAGCACCACAAUUCAGGAAGGAAUAUAAGCCUGGAUGCUACGAUAUUCUAUUUUCAUACAUCUAAUUGGCCAGUCAAAUUGAUCCUAAAAGGAUUUAUUGAUAUAAUUGUGUACAUAGUAUCCUAGUAAGGAAUUGUAAUAUCCCUGAUGGGCUAAGUGUUUUUCUUCCUAUAAUGUACAUCCAAGUUUAUAGCCUUCGUUGUGUUUACAUUUUAAGGUGCCUAGUAUUAAUGAGAUUACCCCUGUAUUAAAUCAGAAAAAUCACAGAAUGUUUGUAUUUUAUGUAGCCUUAGUGGCUCUGGUUUAUUACCUAUUUCUGACAAGGAAAAUAGUUACAAUGUAUGCUGUACUUUUGUGAGUGUAAUGUUCUGCAAUAUUAGCUUAUGGAACCUGUACUCAGUAAGUAGAGCCUUCAGGUAAACAAACAAAAACAUCAAGUAAAUAACACUGUUCUCCUGAAGGAAACUUUGCGGGGGGGGGGGGGGGGGAGGGCAAGGAUCGAUGUGGCACAUGCAUACAGCGUCCCGAGAAACCAUGGCGUUGGUAAAUGAAAAAAAAGUUAAAAGUUCCAUAUUGGGUUCUUCCAUACAUUUGAAGCUUUCAUUAAUGUUCAGCCAAUGAUCACAGGGUUAAGAACACAAUUGCUGGUUUUCUGUCCAUUUCAAAAGUUUUGGGCAUCCUUACACGAAUUGGCAUUGAUCAUACCUCAAUUUUAAUUGUAUCUUGGGGAUGUUUGGGCUCAUUGGCCAAAUUAACCUUCUCUGUUCUGGUGUGCCACACAAGGACCUGCAACAUAAUUGUACAACUGUUAUUUAUUUUUAAGAUUUUGCAUAGUAUAACAUCAUUAUUGUAUAUUGUUAUUGGUGCUGCCCACUGCAAAGUCAUUUUAACAAUUACUUAAAAAUGUACUCUAUUGUAAAAAGGGGUAAGUCACAGGUAAUUCAAUGUUCAAAUGUCGCAUUUGGAACCAGUUCUUUUUCCCAUUACUCCUGUAUGGCACAAUAUGCAGCAACAAAUUAUUUUACUAAUCUGAUGCCCUCUUAAGAAACAUGAUAAAAAAAAAAAAAA